AUGUUUAGAUCGAAAAACGAGAAGCCUUCGAGCAUUGAAAAUGUCGAAGAUAUCAACCAGCCAGCUAGCAACAAUGUCGAUUGGGAUGAGGAAUAUUCGCCGCCAGAGCAGCGCAAGAUUAUCCAUCGCAUUGAUCGCAGGUUGAUCUUGAUGUCUGGACUCGCAUACUGCAUUUCGAUGAUAGACAGAACAAAUCUUGGCAUGGCCGCUGUCGCUGGCAUGACAGAUGACUUAGGACUCGCUGGAACACGAUAUGGGAUGGGAUUCUCGAAGAAUUGGAAACAUAUGGUUAUGACUCGGGCACUGCUAGGUGCUUUGGAGGCUGGGUACUUUCCCGGUUGUGUUUACCUCUUGUCAAGUUGGUAUGUCCGCUAUGAUGUUCAAAAGCGCUUCUCCAUAUUCUACCUCUUUGGCUGUGUAGCGUCGGCAUUAGCUGGUGUCUUGGCUUAUGGAUUGUCGCAAAUGGAUGGUAUCCAGGGCAUCCAAGGAUGGCGCUGGAUCUUCAUCAUGGAAGGAGUGUUGUCGUGUGUCGUUGGAGUCCUCACUCUCUUUUUCUUGGUCGAUUUCCCAGACCGAGCCUAUAAAUCAUGGAGGUUCCUAAGCGAGAAGGAGUGCGCCUUCAUUGUCCGACGAAUCAAUCGAGACCGAGCAGACGGAGAUGCAGAGCCUUUCAGCAUGAAAAGAUUCCUAGCACCGUCCUUGGACUUGAAAAUUUGGGGAUUUGCAAUGAUAUUCUUUUGUAUCACGACAAAUACCUAUGCGAUCUCUUAUUUCCUGCCUAUUAUUCUUCGACAAGGAAUGGGAUACGGGGUAGCUGCUUCUCAAUGCCUUGUAGCUCCCCCCUUUGGACUCGCUGCAAUCUUGAUGCUUAUAACAUCCUGGCUAGGCGACAAAUACCGCAUGAGGGGACCUAUAUUGGCAUUCAACGCCCUGAUUGGCAUUAUCGGGCUCCCAAUCAUGGGAUUCGCUGAGAACAAUGCUGUCCGAUACUUUGGUGUUUUCCUUGCUGUGGCAGGAUCUAACGCUAAUGUGCCCGCUUCUAUGGCCUACCAAGCCAACAACAUACGAGGACAGUGGACCCGUGCUCUUUCUAGCGCUACCUUGGUGGGAUUUGGACGGAUUGGUGGUAUUGUGAGCAGUUUGGUGUUCCGGGAGCAGGACGCACCUAUCUACCGUCUGGGGAUGUGGACAACUAUUGUGUCAGUUUUCUUCUCCCUAGGAGCAUUGACUAUCUGGUUCCGGUAUUCCAAUAAACAGGCCGAUGAUGGGAAGAAGAUUAUUGAGAGCUCACCGGAUUUCAGAUACACGAUCUGA